AUGAAAAUCAACCUCUCCUCGUCGCUGAUCCUUCUCCUUCCCGCGCUGUCGACUGCGUUGGUGGACGUGCCUCAGUCGACAGCUCGCGCCUCAUAUGGUUCUUCGGGCCUCCAAAAUCGCUACACUGAACCUGACUCAUACGCUUCUGGCAAUGUUGCUAAAGGGUUACAGGGAAGCCCCGUGGACCGUCAAGAUGGCAAACCUCACGCAGGCCCGUGGGUAGAAACGGGCGCAGAACGUGACCGCAAGAGCUCAGGUACUACUAUCAAAGGAAGUGACGAGUACGAGGUCGUGCCCUCGAAGCUUGAUAUGAAAAUCCCGUCGUCGGACCACAUAAGCACUGAAGAUGGAAAAGUGAUUCCACAUUCCAAUGGAGGCGUGAUGGACGAUCCUCACCGAGCGGGUCCAAAAGAAGGCACAAGGGGUACUGAGGGUGGUGUGUCGGAGAAGAGCAAGGACUACCAGUAUGCGGACAAAUUGCCUGGAAGUCCCAAAGAGGCGCCCCCGUUACCUCACAGCGAGAUGCAAAAGCUGCCGUCGGAUGGCGACAGCAGCUCCGGAGGGAGUGGGCGAACUGCCGAUGACUCGAGCACACGCGGCAAGCUUGAGAAACCCGCCGAUCUGCCCAACAAACCACACGAUAUCCCCCACCCCCAGCCUCCCUCUCAGAUGAAGGAAGAUCCUUUGGCCAUUGAACAUUCAUCAACUGGAUCUGGAUCAUACGCCGGCUCCACCUCAAGCUACGACAAGACCACCGGCCUUCCCGAAGAGAGCGAUGGUCUCCAUUCGCUUGUUUUCGCAUUUACCAUGAUCGUUGUCUCAGAGAUUGGAGACAAGACUUUCCUUGUGGCCGCACUAAUGGCCAUGCGACACCCACGAUUGGUCGUGUUCUCGUCUGCGUUCUCCGCGUUGAUCGCCAUGACCGUCCUCUCAGCCGUCCUUGGCCACGCCGUUCCCACGCUGAUUCCCAAGUCCGUCACAAAGUUCAUGGCUGCGAUCCUUUUCUUGGUUUUUGGCGCCAAGAUGUUGAAAGAGGGUCGCGAGAUGUCUCCGGACGAGGGUGUUGGCGAGGAAAUGCGCGAGGUGGAGCAGGAACUGGAAGAAAAGGAACAAGAGCAAAUUCGCUUGGGCCGUCGUCGUUCGUCGGUCACGCCCCAUAACCUGGAAGCCGGCCGUGCUGGCGGUCGCCCCAAGUCGCGUGGAAACCGCAUGCCUUCUCCCCCGGAGAGCAUUUCCUCUUCUUCCUCUCGUGGCUCAUCCCCCAACCCUCAACACCGCCUGAACGACUUCAUGGCGGGCGUGAGCAACCUCUUUUCCCUUCUCCUCAGCCCCGCGUGGGUUCAAACCUUUGUUAUGACAUUCCUCGGCGAAUGGGGUGACCGCAGCCAGAUCGCCACCAUUGCCAUGGCCGCUGGCCAGGACUAUUGGUGGGUCACGAUUGGCGCGAUCACCGGCCACGGUCUCUGCACGGCUGCCGCUGUCAUCGGCGGACGUGCGAUCGCAGGCCGUGUCAGCAUGCGCGUCGUUACGCUGGGUGGCGCCGUGGCGUUCCUUGUAUUUGGCAUCAUCUACCUGAUCGAAGGCUUUUUCUGA